GGAGGGGGGAGAUGUCAAACGUCCGGAUUUCUAAUGGGAGCCCUACCCUGGAGCGCAUGGAAGCCAGGCAGUCGGAGUACCCGAAGCCGUCAGCUUGCAGGAACCUCUUCGGGCCGGUGAAUCACGAAGAGUUAAACAGGGACUUGAAGAAGCACCGGCGGGAGAUGGAGGAGGCAUGCCAGAGGAAGUGGAAUUUCGAUUUCCAGAAUCACAAGCCGCUGGAAGGCAGGUACGAGUGGCAAGCCGUGGAGAAGGGGAGCUCGCCCGACUUCUACUUCAGACCCCCCAGGCUACUGAAAGCUGUCUGCAAGUCCGCCGGCCGCCAGAGCUUGGACGUAAACGGGAAUUGCCAAACCGUGGUUUUUGUCGGUUCUCAGGGAAUCUCAGAGGACACUCACUGUGUAGGUCAAAAGACUGAGCUUUCUGGAAAUCAGACGGACUUUGCAGAGCAGUGCACUGGGCAGAGGAAAAGACCUGCCACCGACGAUUCCUCUCCUCAAAAUAAAAGAGCCAACACAACAGAAGAAGAGGUGUCAGAAGACUCCCCCAGUGCCAGUUCAGUGGAGCAAACGCCCAAGAAAUCGAGCCCGAGACGACAUCAGACGUAAACCGUUUAGAGCGGAGGAUGUGCUCGUUCACGGGGUGCGGCGGGCGGCGAGGAAGGGAGGAAGAUGUAAAGUCGUAGUGGAGACGAAAAUACAUAUCGCCGAUCUCCGUGGGAUGGAGGUCCUGUACAAGCACUGAAAAAAAAAAAAAAAUACCGAAAAAAACCCAACAACAGCAACAAAACGACAACAAAAAAGCGGCAAACAAUAACACUAAAAUUUUAGGCACUCUUAAAAGACCUGCCUCUAAAAGCAUUGGAUGUAGCAUUGUGCAAUUAGGUGUUUCCUUAUUUGCUUCAUUGUACUACCUGUGUAUAUAGUUUUUACCUUAUGUAGCACAUAAACCUUGUUGGGAGGGGGGAGGGAGUGGAAGAGGGUGACUGAUUGGAACUUGCUUUCACAAUCUAGCAAGCAAAAUGGAUGAAGAGAAGCAGUGUAGGGGUUUUUUAUUACUUAAAGAUGUAUUGUCCCUUUAAGUGGGUCCGCAGUGAUGGUUUUUUUCCCCCCCUUUUUUUUUUUUAAUGAUGUACCAUGGUGGUAACGCUGCUCAGAGCAGAUGAUCGCAGGCCGCUUGGGAAAUCUCUUCCUACUGCAUGAAGCUGAAGAGGUGGGAGCUGGGAUGAUUCCGUUAUGUAGUAGCGAAAGUCCCCGAUACCCCCCCCCCCCCCCCAAAUCCAUACGGGAAAUUUGUAAAAGUCACGUAAAAUCAUCCCGUCGUCGCAGUGCCUGAUUUCCGGGGGCUUUCUGGUGGUUUUUUUACCUAAUCUGAUGGGCUUUUUCUUUCAAUCUCGAAUAUUGUUGGUUUCUGGUCUGACCCACUUCCCGAAGUGUUUUGUGUGUGAGGGAAAAGGGAUACUACAUCUUUAAACAGUAUUUCUACAUUGCCUGUGUACCUGUAUGUAAAAAUAAAAAAAAGUUUGAAGUGUACCUGUGUACAUAACUCUGUAAAGACACUGAGAAAUUAUACUAACUUAUUUAUGUUAAAAGAUUUUUUUUUUUUAAUCUAGAAGACAAUAUUUUUCCCCAUAAAGCCAAAGUGGCAUGUUUUUGUGCAUUUGUAAAUGCUCUAUUUGGUAGACUUUUUAGCGGUUUUUUUUUUGUUUGUUUGUUUGGGGUCU